AUGUCCUUACACAAGUGUGUGGACUUCGCACAGACUCUCCUCGACGAUGUGACUCUCGAAGUCGGCCGGAACGAUGACGAGCUCCUCGGUAGAGCCCUCAACAAGUUUUGGUCAAAGGCUCUCCCUCCUCUCGAACGACAAGUUUGGGAAGCGCUCCCAAACUACAUGGACAUGGACGAGGAAUCCGUUGAGAACUGGAAAAACAAAGUCCGCGACUGGAUCCUGACCAAAUGUACUGAAGAAGACGCGGCUGCAGUUUUAAAUCAGCUCCGUACCUGGAGAAAGCCAAGAUCGGCGACAAUCAUGGACAAUCAGAUGUACAUGAAGAAGGUAAACUCCGCAAUCCCUUACAUGUCUGAAUCUCUUGACCCUCUUGACAAAGAAGAAUUCAAGAGAGUUUUCUUCAAUAAGGACGCCUUCCUGGAGAUCAACGGUACCAUCGACAACCAUUCCGUUGCCAGCAUCACUUCUUACAUGCAACGCAAGGCUCGACAAGCACACGACAAGGAAUUGAAGAAUCAACUCCACCAGAAAAUUGAAUCCAAAAAGAAGAAACGUACGGCUGGUGUCCAUCACAGGGACGAUUCGAAACCUUUCAAGAAAUCUCAUACCGACCCAGAGGAAACCAAGAUGGACAAAGACGAGUACCACAAGCGCGUGGCGGAACUUGCAAAGACAGCCAAGCCGACCAAAAUUUGCUUGCUCAAGCCCAAUCAUAAGAAUCACACUAUCUCCGAGUGCAAGGCAAUCAACAACUACAAGGCCCGAAUGAGCAACAAGAAGUCCAACAGCUUUGCUGUCAUCAAUCUCCCUGGAGAUAAGCCGGAUGAUGAUUCGACCACCUCUAAAGAGACCGACUCAUCCAACAAGAAUGCCUGA